AUGGUCUCCACGCGACACCACCCUCGCGAAUUCCCAUCGCCUGAGCGCGCCGCAAAUGAGCUCGCCAAAUCGCCAGCGACAACGAACCCCAACUCGCGCAAAUGGGUCCAUACCCCCUCAGCUGCGCUGACAAUCUGGCUUGUCGUCUCCGUGCCCCUGGUCGCAUGGGACGCGGGCUAUGUGUUGUUGCGACCGCAUAGCAUGCCCGGCGGGCGACUCCAUUCCCCCAUCUGGGCGCCUUACGCGCUCUACGGCAAGAUCGACUAUAUCUAUGGCUGGCCUGCCUUCAAUGCGCGCAAUGGAUUUACUGCUGCGCAGACGGUUCUGAAUGUCAUCGAGACCAUCGGCUACGUCUUCUACCUCUGGGUUGUUUACAGCUAUGGCGCAACUGUUGUCGCUAGCCGUGGACAGAGGGUCAAGAAGGGUCUGUUGUGGUUUUUGAAGGGGGAAAAGGUUGUAGCUGGGCGGAUUGGGGCUAUCGCGCUCAUGGUCGCUUACUCCAUGUCUGUCAUGACUUUGAGCAAGACCAUUCUCUAUUGGCUCAAUGAGGUCUUCUCGGGCUUCGACAACAUUGGGCACAAUGCGCCGCUCGAUCUCUUCCUCUAUUGGAUCAUUCCUAAUGGCGCGUGGAUUGUCUUCCCAAGCUACAACAUCUACACCCUCGGCGCUGAGAUUCUGAAUGCUCUUGAGCUCGCGACUCCGCGCCAGAAGGUCGGACGCCCCAAAUCUACCUAG